GGAACCAAACGAUAUGAAGGUCCACAACAGGAGCCGACAGUAGGUCCACUGUUGGUCCUUCAAGACAGAACUUAUUAAUUCUGAAGAACUUCUUGGUGACAGAUGUUUCUCUACAUCACUACAACAAAUGAUGAUCUACUGAAUUUUCCUUGAUUCUCCCAACAUCAAACAAAGAAAACAUCUACAUGAACCUUUCAGAGCUCCGAGCUAAUGCGGAACAAAGUCAGCAGAGCCUAGAUGAUCAUUUAAAUGUUUUAUGGGGAGAAAAUGAGGGAUUCUGAUGAAGAAACACGUCUGAUAACAAGUAGUACUGGAAUAUGUGGAUCAAAUUCUUUCUUUUGAUGUUGGGAAAGUUCUGGAACAUCAGGUGUGAAUGUCUCAGAGUGACUCUUCAUGUCUGAAUAAGGAUCCAGUGGAACAGUAGAACACCAGAACUGCUGUCGGCUUCCUCAGAGAUCAGUGCUGGACUGUCUAACAGGUGACAAAUUAAAGGAAAAAACCUGAAUGCCUCUAGAAUGAGCAGUUUAAUGAAGAAGGAUCCAAACACCAUUGUGCUGGGUUUUCCUUUCAUUUGUCACCCCAGUGCAGCUGUUUUAUCGGACAUCUGUGUCCUUGUUUUCAUCUCAGUGAGCACCAGUCCAGUUUUAUAAAUGUAUUUUUGUUCUUUCCCUAUUGUAGCACUUUGAGAUUCUGUAUGUAAAGUGCAUUAUAAAUUAAAGGCAUUAUUAUUAUUAUUAUUAUUAUUAUUAUUAUUAUUAUUAUUAUUAUUAUUAUUAUUAUUAUUAUUAUUAUUAUUAUUAUUAUUAUUAUUAGUGCCAGUGGUUUGAACCUGAACUGACUGAACGGAUCGGUUCUGGUCUGGAUGUUAACAACAUGAAGCUCUAGAUCUACAGCCAUGGACAGAAUGUGACCUCUGUGGGUGGUUAUCUGGUAGCUAUAGACAGCUACACCAGAACGUUAUCAACACCUUAAAGUUGUAUGAGAUCAAAACAAGAAGCUGUAAAAAUACGAGGAUUUAACUUGACGCCUGUUUUCAUGAGAAAAUCUCACAUUCUGAACAUCAGUGAAAAAAGUCAGACCCUUGUUCAGAGAUCAUCCACAGAGGAGUCAGAAAAGAUCAUACAUUUAGUUAUUCUCAGCUCAGAUCAUCAAACGGUGCUGACUGGGAUGGAAACUAAACAAAGCAAUCCAUGAAAUGCUUCCUUUCAGGACAUAAGCAGAGCGUGUACCGUCACGUCUCCACCAGCAUCCCAUCUCUAAAGAGGCCUGCUGCCGGUCAGAAGCCGGUGUUUCUCCAUCCCGUCACUAGCUGUACGGUGCGUCACGGGGAGGUGGCCCGUUUUCAUACAUGUGUGUCUGGCUCGCCGAGGCCCGAGAUCCGCUGGUUCCACAACCGGCAGCCGGUUCAGCCCACCAAGAACUUGGUGUUUCAUUUUGAUGAGGUGAUGAACACCGCCACCCUCAUCAUCGUGGACGCUUUCUCCGAGCACGCAGGGCAUUACACCUGCAGGGCGGUUAAUGCCGCCGGAGAUGCCGCCUGCUCGGCCACCCUCACCGUAACCACAGAAGAAGAAGAAGGUAACCACUGGGAUAGCAGGUUCUGAUUGAAACCACCUCCAAACAUUCAGGGAUGUCCCGAACUGACGUCUCACAGCCAUUACAGGGAGCUCUGAAGAACUCGUAAACUCACCGAUUAAUCUAAAAUUUCAUUUGCUGCAACAAUCUGGGAGUUUAGCUAGCAACAGGCACCAUGACAAAGAAGUAGCAGUU